UUCACGAGGUGGUUCUGGAGGGAAACCAUAUGAGUAUGACUUGUAUACCUAAUGGUGAAGGAGGUGCAGGAGGAAGUUAUUUUGGUGAUAUUGGUCAACCUGGCAAAAGUGGUCUAGUCCACAUUAUUUUUGAACCUUCUUCUUCUGUCGUGGACUUGGAACAUUUUUUGACAGAAUAUGAAAAACUAGCUCAACUAUGUGGUUUGUUUUCAGUUAUUGCAGGGGUUCUCUCAUAUUUUUAUGAGACUGCUGAUGAAGACAGUGAAAUCUUUAGUGAAUAGAUGAAGGUGGAUUUUAUUUUUAUGGGAAACAAUAGUUGUGUGUUGUUUUUUGGCUAAGUCUUUCUAUGGUUUAUAUGAGAAAACUUUAUGGCUACUUGGACUCUUUUGUUUUAAGAACAAGGGUUUUGUAAAAGAUAUAAAUGAAAGAGUGGUCUGUCUCGGAUACGAGAAGAAUCAAAGAUGUGUGUUGAAGCAGAAUUCCGAUACAGUCAUAUCAGAAACAAGUCAAAAAGGUUUAGAAAAGCAGCAAGGAUACGAAAUUUCCACUAGUCCAUUAAAAACUGAUAUCUUUGGCGGGUGCUAAAUAUUUCGCAACUUUUAGAAACCACCUAUCAUAUGUCUACUGUAUUCAAUUGUACCUCAAUAAAAAUGUGACAAGGCUAUAAUGAAGGUGGAUUGUCGAGCAUUCUUUUCUUUCACAGAAGCUAUAGUUUCUUGUAUAACUAGUGAUUAUAGUGACAAAAAACGUUCCAGUCAGUUUUAUAUCUGAAAAAAUGGAAACUGUUAAAAAGUUACCAAAUAACGAACUCCCCAUUUCUAUGCUAUUAAGAGAAGAGAAAAAGCGGUAAUUUUAAAGUGAUGUUCCUGUCAGCUCUUUAGUUGAUACGAAAGCAGCUGAACUCUCUGAAUUUGAUCAAUU